UUUUCCCUCGCAAACUUGUUUGUCUGUACGCUAGACCCCGUUCGUGCAGCUACACCGAGUGAUAAAUCAAACAGAUUUUUUCUUGUCUUUUGCCCUCUUCCAACCAGUCCUCUUUCUCAAAAUUUGCAGCUUUGCCUCAGAAUUUUUCGUCUUAUUCUGCAGGCUGCAGACUGCAACUGCAGAGAUUCCACUCCUUGCCUGUGAAAAGGAAAAGGAAGAAAAAAAGUUUGAGCGAGGCGACGGGAGCAGCGUCGGCUUUGUAGGGAGAGGCCGCAGGAGUGCGUGCAGGGGCUUGGUGUCCUGCUGGGGGUCGAGGGCUCCUUUUGUAGCCUAGCAUGGCAUGGGAAUCGCGUCGAUUUCAGUUAGGGUUUAGGCGGCGGCGCGAGCUAAUCUCGAUUCCAUUUGGCUCUGAAUCGUCGUUUAAACUUGGGGAUAAGGGUCGAAAUUGGAAGAGGAGUCCUUCCCGAGUUUAUCCAUGAGCUUCUGGACGAUCUUCCCUCGUAGUCAAGGCAGAUUUGGCUGAGGAAUGCUCAGCCGGUUUGGAGUCGUUUUCGGAUGGGAAUCGUACCGUCGCGAGGUGGAUGAUGGACCUGACCGGCGGGCCCGGUGCUGCAGCGAUCGAGAGAGCAGAGGGGGCAGGUGUGUAUGUGGGCUGCGGACCGGGGUGUUUGUCUGUACGCUAGACCCUGUUCGUGCAGUUACAGUGAUCAGUCAAGCUUUGCCCUCUUCCAACCAGUUCUCUUUCUCUCUUUCUCAAUUUGCAGCUUUUUUUCGCCCCCGUUCGCCCCCAUUUCUGCCUUGGAAUUUUUCGUCUUAUUCUGCAGAGAGAUUCAACUACUUGCCUGCGAAAAGAAAAAGAAGAAAAAAAAUUUUUGUUCAAAAGAACAGAAAAGAAUGUGUUCUGCUUGACUGAAAGUUUCAAAAGAAAACGACAACCAAAAGAGAAGGGAAAAAAAUCCCAUAUAAAGCCUCCGUCUCGCUAGGCUUCCUCCACCGUUGCCUAGCUCUCCUCUCCCUCGCUUGCAUCUCCCUCGGCAAGAUGGAUGGAGGCCAGGCUGCAGCCGAUGCCCAGCGCGCGCGAGAGGUGUACACGCACGGUGUUUCGAAGGUGAAGGCGGUCCACAACCCACCGCUGGUGCUCAUGCUGAUGCUGUAUCCCUCGCUCCUGGCAUUCUCGAUGGCGGCGCGCAAUGCGAAUUUUGCGCUCCUCAUCCCCACCCCCACCACUCCAGGCGCUCCCUCUGCCGCUCUCCACGGAGACGAUGACCAGUGGGAGAGACCCCUCUUGUACCGUACCAUAGUGUGUUUCGUCGCCAUCAUCUUCGACCACAUCUACCUUCUCGUCAAACUCAUGGUCCGAGGCCCCGCCGGUGUUGGUGCCCCAAGGAUGACGCGUGCCUUCGCUUGGUUUCCGCCCAUUGCCUUCUGGAUGACGACGUCGGCGUUCUUCUACAACUACGUUACCCUCGCUCGCUAUGGCGCAAGCAUAAAGGAGUGGUUCGCAGCGGGAUGCUCUUCCGGGAUCAUCCUACUCAUUACCAUUGUUGUUGUGCUGACAUCUGUUCCGGUGGAGAGGGUUAUGCAUCUGCGCGAGGAAGCCGAACCCGUUCCAGCGGCGCAUCAGCAGGUCUGAGGGCUGUCUGAGAGCACUGACGCAAACCCGUUUUGGAAAAACACAUGUUAGGACCGCUAGGUUUGAGUUACCGAACAAUAGCAAACCUUUUUUUGGAAAAACACAUAGCAUCUGAGUUGGAUUAGCCUGAAAUCUACGAAUUUGCAGAGUCAUUCAGUUAGUUGUUUGCUUCAGUUUCAGAAUUUGUUAGAGUUCAGAGCAUAAGCCGCAAAUGUGUGCGAGCUAUGCGCGUCCUGGGUGCCGCAUGAUCUGCUCGUGGGAUGGCACGAGGUGACCGGAUCGUGAGGAGCAAGUUCUUACUAUUUUGAUAUGCAGAACAAUUGCAUAGUUAUGCAUAAGCCUGAAAUCUAUUCCCCCUA